UUCUCGUCUAACGGGGCGAUUAUAAUACGGGCAAAAUGGAGAAUGCUUUGCUGGCCAAUGUAAAAAAGUUAUACGACCACCAACUAUAUGAGUGCGUAAUUCCAGCGGCCAGCCUGCUGAGCACUCUGCUGCAGAAUGAUCGCACGGUGACCACACUUGAGAUGGAGUACCAGGUAAUGAUCUAUCUGAGCAGUGCCAACUACAAGGAGCGCCGCUUUCGGCUCGCCUGCAAUCAACUGGAGGCCGUCGUCCUUAUGCGUAAGACAAUGGUGCGUUUUAAGGCCGCCUAUUUGGCGGCCAUCGAGAACACCUACAGGGAGUUUUCGGAAGUGGAGUUACGCUACAGAGUUGCCGUCUGCUAUCGGGAAAUGGGUGAACCAAAUAUUGCAAUCAGCACACUACAGGCGGUGCCAGCCAAGUCCCGCACACCCAAACUCAACAUGAUGCUGGCUCGACUGCUUCAUUAUGGCUGUAGCACCAACAAAAACGAGGUGGCGCUCGCAUACAAGGAGGUGCUACGUGACUGCCCGAUGUCCAUGAUGUCGAUUGAGGCGCUUCUGGAGCUGGGCAUCGACGGCAACGAAGUUAACUCACUGGUGGUCAAUGCCGCCACCCUACCAAAGAACAUUGAAUGGAUGAGCAUCUGGAUCAAGGCACAUGCCCAGAUGUACGGCCGUAAGCAUUUGGAGGCGGCCAGGACAUUCCAGCAGCUCAACGACACUACCAACUUCCAUCAGAACGAGAAUCUUCUCACGCACAUUGGCAAAUGCUUGUAUUAUUAUGGAAAUUUCACACAAGCGGAGCAAUAUUUGGGCAUGGCUGCGAUGAUAAAUCCUUACAACAUGGACGCCUUGUGUUCUCUGGCCGUUGUCUACGAAUUCAAUAUACAAAAGAAGCCGGAGCAUGAAAAGCUCGUCACCCAAAUGACCACCACUGGUGAUUUUAGCUCAGCACAUUGGUUCGUACUAGCUCAGAAGCUCUACAUGAACGCCAAGUUUGAUCGCGCGUUGUCCUUUACGGAGCGUGCGCUCUCGUUGAAUCCCCGGAACAUUGAGGCACUGCUAUUGCGUGCGAAGCUCUUUCUGGCCGUUGGGCGUCACAAUGAGGCGAUCAGUACGUUUCGCAGCGCCCAGUGCUUUGCCCCUUACCGCUUCGAGGUCUACAAAGGUCUCGUCCACUGUUAUGUUCAUCUGAAGCGCAUUAAGGAUGCUCAGACGAUGUGUGCCCUGGCCGUGCGCCUUUUUCGUACCUCGCCGCGCAGCUACACGAUGUUUGGACGCACACUCUUCCAUUCAACUAAUCCGACAGCCAAGAAGAACGCCAAAAAAUUUGUAGAGAAAUCCCUAGAAAUAGACGAGCACUACAUGCCAGCAGUAGCACUGAUGGCUGAGAUUUGCAAAUUCGAGGGCGCCACUCAGGAGGCGAUUAUAUUACUGAAGAAUCAGGUGUCCGGCUUUCCACAUCCAAAGCUAUUCACCAUGUUGGGCGACCUGUUGAGCGCCGAAAAAGAACUGAGCAGUGCCCUCCACUAUUAUACUCUAGCGCUGAGCUUGGAACCCACUUGCCAGCGUGCUUUAAAAGGUGUGAAUGCUUUGGGACAGGCGGCACGCACCGCCAGCAACGCGAGUCAGCCAUGUGAGCAGGAUGGGAAUGGGGGCGGCAGCAGCCACAGCACAAGAGUUGAUGAGAAUAAAAGUAAUGCGGCGACAGUGGCCACGCCUUGUGGCACACCAACUCAUGAGUGGCUGCUGGAAUGUGAGGAGGCAUCAAAUGAUGCUUUGGAAAUGUCCUCGCCAGCCGCACCACAUGAUGAUGCCGAAUCGGAUACGUUCUCGGAACCUUUCUGGCACGAUGUCGAUGGGGAGAUAACAAACUGAUUUGUCGUGCGUUUGCUAUUCCUCAAUGAUGCUCGACCCCCAAACUCAGUCUGCCUGCCUAAUCUGAUAUUUCUGCAACUCUCAUCUCACAUUCCACAAUAUACAUAUGUAUUUAUUCAAUCGCUGGAAUUUCAUAUUCAAACAAAACAAACCCCCACCCCAUGUCAUGUAAAUCAUUUUUAAUGUUUUUUGGCAUAUUUUUGUCC